GGUGGCAGCCAGGACAGUAACCUUGCCCCCCAUUCCUGGGAGGGCUGGGAGGGAGUCACCCCCUAUAGAGAUGGAGGAGAUGUACUGCCCCUAUUCCAGGUGCAGGGAGGUAAAGCACAGCCAUCUCCUUCCAGCAGGGAAGACUACCCAGUAAAGAAAUUUCAGCCACUGCUGGUCCUACAAGAACAGAGCAACCAGCCAUCAGAAGGCCUAAUACAAAGUAAACAUGCUUGGCCGACGGUCUACCGUAACCGGUGAUGAAGGGUCUGAAGGUUCUCAAGACAAGAGCCCUGACAGGGAAAGGGAAUUUGAUUCCAAGGAAAGAGAUGCAUGGUGGAUGACAUCACUCAGACCAACACCAAUCCCUGGGUUUUACCCAGUUCGGGAUUUUCUUCAAGAUGCCCAGCUGAAUCCAGUGAAAGCGACAUAUAAUUUCAAAAGCGAAGGCAGAAAGAAAUAUUCCAUCUUCCAGCAGAUGCCUGAUCUGACACUCCCAGACACCUUCACGUUUGUUCCUCCUUCAUUUGUGGACCUGGCAAGGAAAAAGAAGACUACAUAUUCAUUUAAGAGCACACCAAGGCAAAGUCCGGCCUGUUUAAAUUACAGAGAUAAGAAUAUAGACACCGACCCUGGGCAGUAUGAUCUUUUCCCUUCUCCAGUUCCCACUUUUCCAACCAAGAAUUAUAUGUUUCGAUCUGCUGUUCAAAGGUUCCCAACCUUUUGUCCAAAAGAAGGUCCAGGCCCAGGUGAAUAUGAAAUAAAGGAUUUCGAACCUGUUCCUCUACGAUCAUGCUUCCUAUCAACAGUUCCACGACUGAUGCCAGCUUCUACUAAAGUACCUGGUCCAGGCAGUUAUUGGCCUACAAAGCAGUCUCCGAAGCAACCUAGGACCAUUGCCAGUAUGGGACGGGAGCAUACACUCUUCUUCAGCAAUCUGCGUGAAAUUUAGAAUGCUAGAGUGUUGCCAACAUACUAAGUUCUAGGGCCAAUGAUUCUGAAAGAGACACAAUUGCUCCUUCUUUUAACCACUUCUCAUUCUCCCUUCAUUAAGACUGAUCUGCCUGCUUUUAUUUAUCUGGCAACAGGGUUAUGGUGCCUCAACACCAGGCAAAUACCAUUUUGUUCAAUCAGUUUCCAAAUUCUUUCUUGGACCUUUCCUCGGAUUCUUAAUUGCUCCUGCUUUUAACCAUGGCUUGCCACAAACUGAGUUUGCCCUUGGCAAGAAAAUGGAAUGAUAGAUAUGCUCAUAAUGCUCUUCUGUUCUACAGCUUGAAGUGGGGCUCAGAUCCCAUUUCUUGUGCAACGGCAACUGAUUUGCUGGACUGUUAUCUAAAACAGCAUAUAGCUUACCCAGAUUUGAUCCAAAGAGGGAUUUAUUGAGACAACAACCCUGUCUAGAUGCUUCAACUGAAGACAGAAACAAGACUGGGGGGCUAAAUAAUUUGAAGAGUCACCUUCAUAUUUUUCUCUUGAUAUAGAAAGAGAACAGUGUGAUGCUAGUAUAUUUGUAUAUCUAUGGCUUUCCGUCAUGCUUUCAACCCUUCCUGUCUGUCAGAACAUUGUCCGAGACCUACAAAGAGCUUCUUUCCAAAGUAGUAUUACCGAAGUCAAUGGAGCACUCUUGAUAAAGUGGUUUUAGGCUAUCAGAGGUAUUCCCUUUGCAAAUAUUAAAAACCAUUUGACGUACAUGGACUGAAGAAAGAAUGAUUUUAUCCCUGUUCACCAUAUAAGCCAGCAAUACAACUCCGGAACAGUAGUGCCUAUAAUCUUAUUAAAAUCAUCUUUAUGCUUUUCUUCUU